CCCGCUUCUGGGGCUGCCCAGCCAUGGCUCCGGCUCGGGGCUGGUGGGCGCGCAGCCUGUGGCGGGCCUGCAACGCGCUGAUGGCCGCCUUCUUCGCGCUGGCCGCGGUGGUGCAGGUCAACGAUCCAGACGCAGAGCUGUGGGUGGUGGUGUACAUUAUCCCUGCAGGCCUGGCCCUGCUUGUUGGAUGUAACCCUCUUGUCACAGGUAACUUUGUUUGGAAGAGUGUGUCUACUAUCCACAUGCUGUUUUGCGUGGUGUGGGCUGUCCGCUUGGCACACUACCUCUUGCUCCAUGCACAGCAGAGUAUCUUACAGGAGGAGGAAGGCAGGGAGCUCUCUGGCUUGGUGAUUAUCAUGGCAUGGAUGACAUUGUGCCACAGUUCAGCAAAGAAUCCAACUGGCGGAAGAAUUCAACUGGCAAUGGCUGUCAUCCUCACUCUUUUCCCACUUACUUUAUGGAUUUAUGUACACAUAAACCAGGAGAUGCGGUCCUCCUGGCCAACUCACUGCAAGACAGUAAUUUAAAGGGAUUCAAGAAUUGUUUUUUAAAUUAGCACUUUCAAUUUUUUAUAAAUAUUAUAGUUAAUAGAAUAGUUUCUCAAUUUAUUUCAGGAGAUGAGCUAAUGCUAGAGAUGAUUUGAGGGUUUUGAGAACUUUCAAGGCUGCCUGCAAUACUGUUUAAGACUGGCUCAAUAAGAGGUGGGGCCUGACAUUCUCUGGCUGCCUAUUUGAAAGGGUGUUGUGCCAGUGUAGCAGAAAAAAAGACACUAGAACAAACAUCAAGAAAUAGGAGUUCUGAUUCAGCUUUCCCACUAUGCAUGUGACAUAGGCAAAUAUAGAAACUUCCUGGUAGAUUGUUUCUUUUGUCUCCUACUUACUUGUUACUACAACCAAACUAGGUAAUAUGAAGUCACUCUGAAAAUGUAAAGUGCUUGAAGAUUACCAAGGGCUGCAUGAGAUUAAAAUAAAAUGGAAGUAGAGUGUGGAUAACACUAAAUAGGGGUAGGUUCAAGGACUAUGCCCCCAAACUAAUCCCAUUAUAUUAAACUGGUACAGUGGCAUGGGUUAAAUGAGGACUUGAGAUAACAAUAAUAGACAUGUCUUGGAAAGAAAGGGAAGAUGAGAAGGAAAAUGGAAUUUGGGACCAAUCAGGAAGGAAUAGGGAUUAUUAAUUCUCACUAUUCUAAAUAAGGGCAAAAGCUAUGCACCUAUUUUUUUUUAAUGUAUGUCCAAAAUAACCUUGAGCAGAAGAGCAUUUUAGGACUACAGUAAUCCAGUAUGGUGACCGCUAACCACAUGUUGCUACUGAGCACUUGAAAUGUGGGUACCAAAAUAAAUUUUGCAUCUUAUUUUUA